UUUUCUCUCCUAUUAUUUGAGUGGCUGCAGGUACUGGUGUCUGCCUCUUUGCCUCUGUGCUAGAGGGAUAAAGAGGGAAAGACAGAGGACUAGUGCUUCAUAUCCCCCCUCUGGCCUCCCCGUCUCCCUGCUCCCUGUCACUCCAUCCUUCCUUCCUCCCUCCCGGACCACCCGUCAGCGGCUGGAUCAACCCGCCCGGACCCUCCUCCCACAACCCCUUUGACUAUCCUCACUUCACCGUCCCGUCUUGUGAACUGAGUGCAGGAAUUUCUGGUUACUGGGAGCUGAAGACUGGAUUUGGCAGUGCAGUCACAGACAAUCUUGGUCUGAAAGAGCAGAACCUUUAAAUACAAAUUUAAAAGUAAACCUCCUGUACAGAGAAACAGUAAGGAGUUGCUCAGGGUGAGGUACACUGGACAGACGGAACUCUCCCAAGUCUUCUGGAAGUGUGGCAGCACGUGGUCACAUGACCUGGAAGAGAAAACCCAAGAGACUUCUGGGAUCCCUCUCUGAAUGGGCCGGUUAUCAACCUGGAAAGAAGUCUAAAGGCUGAUGAACUGAUCCGCACAGCGACACAGCUGCGCUCUCUUUCCCUCUUCGUCUGGCCAAUCUCUCCAUUUAUGUCCUGAGAUCCACAACUUUCUGCAACUCUGGUGACUGGUUGGCUGCUGUACCAUCAUUCUCGUCCUACUCCUGGGGAUUUCCUGUCACGUGACCAUAUUCCUGCUUCACCUCCACUCCUAGUAUGGAACCCAACAAAGUCCAGUCAGAGGGUGGGCUGAAUGUGACCCUGACCAUCCGGCUUCUCAUGCAUGGCAAGGAAGUUGGAAGCAUCAUUGGAAAGAAAGGGGAAACUGUGAAGAAGAUGCGUGAAGAGAGCGGCGCUCGGAUCAACAUCUCAGAAGGAAACUGUCCUGAGAGGAUCGUCACCAUCACUGGACCCACAGAUGCCAUCUUUAAGGCCUUCGCUAUGAUCGCGUACAAGUUUGAAGAGGAUAUAAUCAACUCCAUGAGCAACAGCCCAGCCACCAGUAAGCCCCCUGUCACUUUGCGCCUCGUGGUGCCCGCCAGUCAGUGCGGCUCCCUCAUCGGCAAAGGAGGCUCAAAAAUCAAAGAGAUGAGAGAGUCCACAGGAGCUCAGGUGCAGGUAGCAGGGGACAUGCUGCCUAACUCCACAGAGCGCGCAGUGACAAUCUCCGGCACCCCAGAAGCCAUCAUCCAGUGUGUCAAACAGAUAUGUGUGGUCAUGCUGGAGUCCCCACCGAAAGGUGCCACCAUUCCCUACCGCCCAAAGCCCGCCUCCACCCCCGUCAUUUUUUCAGGUGGCCAGGUAAGAGCCGACCCGCUGGCGGCGUCCGCAGCCAACCUCAGCCUUUUACUGCAGCACCAGCCACUGCCUGCCUACACAAUUCAGGGACAAUAUGCCAUUCCACACCCAGAUCAGUUGACCAAGCUCCACCAGUUGGCUAUGCAGCAAACCCCCUUUACCCCCCUUGGACAGACCACCCCUGCUUUUCCUGGUCUGGAUGCCAGUCCCCCGGCCAGUACUCAUGAACUCACCAUUCCCAAUGAUCUAAUAGGCUGCAUAAUCGGGCGCCAGGGAACCAAAAUCAACGAGAUCCGUCAGAUGUCUGGAGCGCAGAUCAAAAUAGCUAAUGCCAUGGAAGGGUCAUCAGAGCGCCAGAUCACCAUUACAGGAACCCCCGCCAACAUCAGCCUUGCCCAGUACCUCAUCAACGCAAGGCUGACGUCUGAGGUCACUGGUCUCUAAUUUCUACCCAUGAUCCUUCACUGCAUCACAUGACCCUUGAGCCAAUGGCAUUGCACCUAGUUUGUUUUCUCUCGGUACUUUUGCUGUCCUGUAUUUUCAGUAAUUCUGACUCAUUUCUAUUCUAUAAUGUGCACAUAUUACAAAUCUCAGUUUGAUGUUUCUCCUACUCAGCCUUUGUUGUGCUCCCGAUGGUCCUACUUUAUAAUUAUUUUAAAAGACACUUUACUUUUUUUUGACUCUCUAGUACCUCAUGUCACCGGUGUCCUGUUUUGCUAUCGCUUUCACUGUGAAUUCACGUUUUCCGGUCCGUAUUCUGUGGUGUGGUACAGCAAAGCCAAUGAAAUCCUCCACUUUCCAAUCUUUCAUUAGGUCAGAUUGAGUUUAAUGCAGCGGUCCUGUGCUUUGCUCCAGGGCUUUGCUCACCGGGAACCUUACAACAGUGCAUCUCAUACAUGAAUAAUGAAACCGACUGAUGGAGUUGGAAUGUUUGCACCACACCUGUACGAUUUGUUUGCAUGUCAUUGUGGCAUGCAGAGUAACACAGAGAAUCCAUUAUUAGCUUCUUGUAUUCACUUUCAGAACUGAGAGGAAGAAGAAAAUCAGUGUGAAAACAAACGAUAUGAGGAUGUAUAAGCCGCGCUCGCAGUUUUACUGCAUGCUGAGACAUUUCAAUUCAGCCCACAAUCUAAGUUUAAGUAAUUGAAUAUAAUACAGCAGAAUUAUUUAUAGGAUAUUUUUAUAUGCAUCGUGUUUUUGCAGUAGUAUGAGAAAUACAGUGGCUUUAUUUCUUUGGAUGUGAAUACAGAUGUGCUGAUAAUGAAAUCCACCC